CCAUGCAAAUAUAUCCAUGAUGGGUCUCAAGGUGGAGCAGCGUGUGGUCCCCCAUUGUCAUCUUGUGCCAUGCUCCACCAUUCAAAGUCAACAGAAACUACAGGCUCAGCGGAAACUCAGCAUUGCCUGUCUAAUCUGCUUUCUCUUCAUGGUGGGAGAAGUUAUAGGUGGAUACCUGGCACAUAGCCUGGCCAUCAUGACAGAUGCAGCCCACCUGUUGACAGAUAUGGGAAGCAUGGGUGUCAGCCUUUUUUCACUCUGGGUCUCUACUCGCCCAGCCACCAAAACCAUGAGCUUUGGUUGGCACCGCUCAGAAACACUGGGUGCCUUGGCUUCUGUCCUCUCUAUCUGGAUCGUUACAGGAGUGCUGGUCUACUUAGCUUCAGCCCGCAUAAUUAGCAACGACUAUGAGAUUGAAGCUUCUGUGAUGCUGGGCACUUCAGCCUGUGCAGUGGGAGUGAACAUCAUCAUGGUCUACCUUCUGCAUCAGUCAGGCUCUGCACACAGUCAUGGAUUCAGCACAAGAGGCUAUGAACAGAUUGAGGACAGCCCUCAUGUCCCCUCCAUACCCACCCAUGACAACACCAGUGUCCGAGCAGCUUUUGUACAUGUGGUGGGGGACCUACUUCAAAGCAUUGGGGUCUUUGUGGCUGCCGCUGUCAUCUAUUUCAAGCCCCAGUGUAAGAUUGCUGACCCAGUGAGUACUUUCCUCUUCUCAGUCUUUGUGCUGUGCUCCACUUUAACCAUUCUUCGUGAUGUUUUUCGAGUACUGAUGGAAGGGACACCACGAGGUGUGGAGUUCCAAGCAGUUAAGGAAACCCUGCUCUCUGUCAAAGGUGUGAAGCAGGUCCAUAAUCUGCACCUUUGGGCUUUAACGCUCAGCCAUCAUGUUGUGGCUGUACACGUAGCUGUUGAAUCCGAUGCAGACAUGGAGGCUGUGCUACAACAAGCCACAACUCUGCUACAAAGCAAGUUUGGUUUCUUCUCAUGCACCAUUCAGGUGGAGCACUACCUGGAUGACAUGGCCACCUGCCACCAGUGCCAGGAUCCACAGGACUAAGGGGAAAGUGCUGCCCUGUCUACUUUUCUCUUCAACUGCCAGUCCCAGAAGGUGCCUGGAAGUCCAGGGCCAGAAGCAGGGACCAGCCUCUUUUGCCAUUCACAGCCGAAGCCUCCUCUCAAUGCAUGUUUAAUCAGCAUAUGCAGGAAAUGGCAGAGCACCAGGGAUAAUUGUCUGCCCAACCAGGGAAGUCUCUGUGGAAGAGUUGCUGGUGGUCGAGCAUCGUUCCAAGCUCAGCCUUGCCUCUUCAUACUGCACUCCAGUCAUGUGGGGUCACAGCUGUUUCUCAUGUUCAUUUGCUAAUUGUGUUGAUGUAUAAAUCCAACAGAAAUGGGGAUCCGGUGGAAAGGACUUUAAACACCUUUCCUCCGAAAUGAAAAGCAGUCAUUUUUUCCCUCAAUCUGGGAAGCUUGGUGCUUGUUCAGGGCUUUUAUUGUGACCAUCUCUGUGUUUGCAUGUGUUGCAGGAGUAACAAAGUGUUCUCAAAAUGAAUGUGAAUGAUG